CUUUUUCAAUUUCGGCGAAUAACGUUAGAAUUUUCUUCUCUUUACUCUCUCCAAAUUGUAUAAUAUAUUCUACUCCUCCAUUUCACUGUUCACUUUUCAGUUGAUCUUUGAUUUGGGAAAUACAAGGAUCUCGACCUGUUAGUUCCAAGCGUGAGAGGAGUUACAAUCUCUCAGUGAGUUAAUAGUAGCUCGAGUAUGAAAUCACCUCUGGGUAAGCUGAAAAAAUUGGGGCUGAAUAAGAGCGUGGUGGAAGAAAAUUGGGAUCACCAUAUCUCGGUGCAUAUCGAUGGGUUGACUCAAGCAGCAAAGGAUAUGAAAGACAUGAGAACAUGCUAUGAUGGAUUGCUUUCUGCGGCUGCUGCAACAGCGAAUAGCGCUUAUGAGUUCUCGGAGUCACUGCUGGAGAUGGGUAAUUGUUUAUUGGAGAAAACUGCAGUGCAUGCUGAUGGAGAAAGUGGGGGUACAUUGUCUUUACUGGGAAGAGUGCAGCUUGACCUUCAAACACUUGUUGACAGCUAUGAGAUGAAAUUGCAAUGUGAUGAGAAGAAAGAGAUGUUUGAGUACAUGGUGGGACAAAUUAAAGAGAAAGGGAAGUCUAGACAUGGAAAAGGGGAGACAGUUACCUCAGAGCAGCUACAGGCAGUACGCGAAGAGUACGAUGAGGCUGCAAGACUAUGCGUUUUCCGUGUAGCAUCAUUGAAGCAAGGACAAUGCCGGAGUCUUCUAACACAGGCGGCCCGUCACCAUGCGGCGCAGCUAAACUUUUUCCGGAAAGGGCUCCUUUCUCUUGAAGCUGUUGAACCACAUAUUAGAGAUGCUGCAGAGAAGCAGCACAUAGACUACGCGCUAUCCGAGUCAAACGAUGGUGAAGAAGGUGCCGAUGAUAACAGUUUCGAGGCUAACGAAGAUGGAGAAUUGAGUUUUGAAUAUUGUCAGAGCAGAAAGGACUCGGAUAAUACUAGUGGAAUGAGGAACUCCAUGGAGUUGGACCCAUCGGCUGGUCCAAGUCAACAAAUUCCACAAAUCAAAAACGCCGAUUCUCAAAUUUAUGCCUCCAGAAACCAACAUAGAGCAGGCAGUCAUUCUGCUCCAUUAUAUGCUGAAAAAUUCGACCCAGCAGAAAAAAUAAGAGAAAUGAGGGCAUCCAUGCAGAAAUUUAGCAGCAGACAACACGUGCUACCCACCCCAGAUGAUGCAAAGGGUUCAAUAACAAUUAGUUCAAAUUUUACCCCAGCACCCGUUGUGGGGCCCUCCAGAAACCCAUGGCACUCAUCCCCACUAGACAUUGAAAAACAGAAGAAAUCAGCAGAUGAUUAUUUACCCGCGACUGAAAAUGUCAAUCACAAGAAGCAUUUUCUCCCCUUACCUCGUCCUCUACCCGAAAAUAAUCCUAAUCCCACUCAGCAGCCGGAAAUGCAUCACGUAUCAUCCGAGGGUCAGAAGGUCAAGAGGCAGGCUUUCUCAGGCCCAAUAGUCAGCAAAGCUUCUUCAUCCGGCAAGCCACUUGUACUUUUACCUGCCAGUGAAGCUGCUUCCAUGUUGAACAGCCGAGCCCCGUUGUCUGUGAACGUAUCUCACAAGGCAUCACCUCCACUUGUGUCCUCUCCGAAAAUAAGUGAGCUUCACGAGCUCCCCAGGCCGCCUGAUGCGCUGCGCCGUGCGGGAUCACCACUCCCUCGUCCACAGCUAACUGUUUCUAGAAGCUUCUCGAUACCUUCGAGUAGUGAGAGGGCGAGGGCUUUCCAUUCUGGCAAGCUGUUGGAACCUUCUCAGGGUUUGCGCAGGGUGGAGGAAGCUGGUCCAUCUCCUCCGUUGACUCCUAUGUCGCUGUCGAACAUGAAGUGACCAAGCUCUGGGUGUAGAUAAAGAGAGGUAAAACGUGUGUAACUUUUGCUCUUGUGAAAAUUAUUAUUAUCUUUUCUUCAAUAUUUGUAAUGCUGAAAGGAGUGUACCCUGAUGGUGGCGUGUGCAUCUGUCGUAAUCCUGCUUCUUGUGAAGUUUGCCUUGCAGAUGAUAUCUAUUGGGUUGGCAUUGGUGCAAUUAGUGAAGGAAAAAAGAAAGAAAAAAAAAAAAAAA